GAUCCAACCCGGCCUUGUGACAAAGGAAGACUUUCUGCGCGCAGAUCUACUUUUUUUUAAAGUACAUCUCCAUCCCCGUCUGAUCCUCUCUGUUGGAGCAGAUGAUCCGCUGCGCUCCCACUCCUGCUCGAGAUGUGCGCUCGGACAAUGAUUGUAAUCUGUGGAGACAUAUAUCUACAUUCAGCUUUUGAACCUUGAAUGAAAGAAAGUCCGUGCGGAUUUCUACUGAGCCCCGUUAAGAGUCAUAACACAGCACCAGACAUUUAUUCAUUUUUUUCUCCCCCAAAGCUCACUGGAAGCUUCUUUUGCGGCGCUUUUGAGGGAGCGCGGCGCCCUGAAGUGGACCCUCUGUUCGUUACUGAGGUGCUUCAACUUGUCCAGGCCAUCUUGUCGGUCCGAACCAAAUCAUAACAGAAUUUCAAAAAGUCAUCCAAACGACCAGGACAGGGCUUUAAAUGUUUGGGAUCCCGGAGCAGCUAAUACGAGACGUGAGCGGAUUAAAAGAGAGAACUCUUGGAGAGGAGAUGGAUCCAGUCCGGUCGUGGGUGCGUAAUGUUGGAGUUGUGGAUGCGAACGUUGCAGCGCAAAGUGGAGUGGCCCUGUCAAGAGCUCACUUUGAGAAGCAGCCGCCUUCCAAUCUUCGCAAGUCCAACUUUUUCCACUUUGUCCUGGCCCUCUAUGACAGACACGGCCAACCUGUGGAGGUGGAGAGGACGGCGUUUGUGGACUUUGUUGAGCAUGAGAAGGAGCAGACAGGAGAAAAGACGAAUAACGGCACUCACUACAAGCUACAGCUCCUCUACAGUAAUGGGGUUCGUACGGAGCAAGAUCUUUACGCGCGACUUAUCGACUCCGUCACCAAACAGCCCAUAUCGUAUGAGGGACAGAACAAGAACCCAGAAAUGUGCAGAGUUCUGCUCACGCAUGAGGUUAUGUGCAGCCGCUGCUGCGAGAAGAAAAGUUGUGGCAAUCGCAACGAGACGCCUUCUGAUCCGGUCAUCAUUGACAGGUUUUUCUUGAAGUUUUUCCUGAAAUGCAACCAGAACUGCCUGAAGACAGCAGGCAACCCGAGGGAUAUGAGGAGAUUCCAGGUGGUCUUGUCCAGCACGGUGAGUGUAGAUGGACACGUCCUGGCCGUGUCAGACAACAUGUUUGUCCACAACAACUCAAAACACGGCCGGAGAGCUCGGCGACUGGAGCCGGGAGAGUCUGUGGAGAAUAACAUGGAAUAUGCCACCCCCUGCAUCAAAGCCAUCAGCCCCAGCGAAGGCUGGACCACCGGCGGGGCCAUGGUCAUAGUCAUUGGGGAGAACUUCUUCGACGGGCUGCAGGUGGUGUUUGGAAGCAUGCUAGUGUGGAGUGAGCUGAUUACUCCGCACGCCAUUCGUGUACAGACGCCUCCUCGACACAUCCCUGGGGUCGUGGAGGUCACCCUGUCGUAUAAAUCGAAGCAGUUCUGCAAGGGAGCGCCUGGACGCUUCAUCUACACAGCCCUUAAUGAGCCAACUAUAGACUACGGUUUUCAGCGACUUCAGAAAGUAAUUCCCCGGCAUCCAGGUGACCCAGAGAAGCUAGCCAAGGAGAUUCUUCUAAAAAGAGCAGCAGAUCUUGUUGAGGCCCUAUAUGGAAAUCCACACAGUAAUCAGGACAUGCUGCUGAAACGUGCAGCUGACAUCGCAGAGGCACUCUACAGUGUUCCCCGUCCUCACAGCCAGUUGCAGGCGCUGCCCAGCUCACCGGCCCAUGGGAGCGUCAUGGGCCUGGGCUCCUAUCCAUCCCAGCUGGGGGUUAGCAUUGGAGAUCCAGGACAGAGCAGCCAAGGUUAUAUCCGUAACUCCAGCAGUUUGUCUCCGAGGGGUUACCCCUCAGCUUCCACUCCCCAGCAGUCGAGCUACGGAGGCAGCGGCGGGAUGACUGGAGGCUACGGGACAGUUCCCAUGACAAGUCUGGGAGUUCCUGGAUCUCCUGGAUUCAGCAGCGCCUCACCCACAAGCUCUCCCUACAUAAUGCCAGCGAGCCCCACAAUACCAGGAAGCUCCAGCUCCUCGUCAUCUCUCUUGCCUUUCUCCUCUUUCCCUUCUGCUGCUAAACAGAAGAGUGCUUUUGCUCCCGUCCUCAGGCCCCAAGGUUCUCCUUCCCCCGCCUGUCCCGCCUCAGGGGGGAACAGCUUCAGAGGUAGUCAUCCAACUCACUAUCUGACCCCGCUGUCUGAACUCACCAAUGCAGUCUAACCCUAUACUAACCAACUCAAAAGCUAUGACUGAACACGACUUGGGUGAUGUACAGUAAUGAAACGCCUGACUGAUUUAGAAUCAUAGAUUUUGUAUAUUUUUUUCUCUCCAGCGAUGACGGGCCUGGUUGUCCCCCCGAUGUAGCAAAGCACCUGCCCCCAAUCUGCCCCAGAACACUGCUUCACUUACCUCCCCUUAUUUUUGGCACUGAGCAGGGAGACCGAAAUAAACUGAUCACUAGUGAGAGUAACUUUUCCUCCCUGAUUCCAACCACUGUCUCUCAGCCCCCUUUUUGCGACCAGUCAGCAGAACGGGUGGGGUAUGAAAAAGUCCAAAGACCAGCAAUCUUCUCCAGAUGCAGAGGAUAACACAUCAGCUACAAACAGCAAGACUGGACAGUUUACUGCUGUAUGUGUGUCUGACAGGAAACCACAGUUUAAUUUCACCUGAAGCUUCAAAAAGGAUCUGUCUGAACCUGUGAUCCACCGCCACAUACAGCAUCUAGUUUUUGCAAUGCCUGCAAAAGACUUACAGGAUGCACUGCCGGAUCGCUGUGCGUCGACGGAUGCCGGACAGCUCAGAUAAGAAGCUGCAGCUCCAAAAUGAGGGGUGCUUACUUUGUGUGUGUAUAGACACCCUAAAUGGCAUGUGCAUACACUGUCUGUGAGCUAGAGAGGUUGUUUUGUAGUAGACUUUUAAAGACAACUUACAUUCCAGAAAAGUAGAACCCUUAUAUUUUGCUUUGAUUGUUUUUUCAAGGGAAAAAUCUUUGUCUCAUGGGUUAUUACUAAAAUGAAUUCAUAUAUUGAUUUAUUUAAGAACAAGCAAUUUAACUUAUUAAAGUUAGUUUAGGGAAUAAUAUAAACGUGUUUUUAUAAACUGGUUCUCUUUCCAACUGUUGAUGAAAUUAAGCAAGCUCUCCAAUUGCCAAUUACUUUGAUAAAUGACACUCUGUAAUGGAUUUUUUUAGUGGAGUUUUUUUUUUUUUAAUUAAACUUCCCUACUUUUCAGGUUCUUGCAAAAGCAAUUAUAUGUGUUUUGCCCGCAGUUAAAGGUUAUUGUCCUUGUGUAAAAGGAAAUAUUAGUUAGCCGUAUCCUUUUUAUUUCCACUUAAAAUGCAUGCUUUGUUACACCAAUGCUCUGGUACUUUUUCACCCUGAAUAGUUUGUGAACUUUCAUUUCCGAUGUCUAGUCACUAUGCAGUAUAGGAAGCAAAAGCACAACAGCUCAAACAAAAAGAAGAAGGUGUAUUAAGUGGUCAUUUAUCAUCAUGUUCAUACAGCAACAGUUCCUUGUAAAGGUAUUCAGACUUGUUGAGUUUUUCCACAUUUUGUCAGGUUGCAGCACAAAACUGUAUCUAAUUGGGAUUUAGAGCAUAGACCAUUACAAAGUAGUGAAAAAAACAAUUAUGUUGCAUUUGAUUUUCCACAGUUUUUACAAAUAAAAGUAUAAUAAGGGCGAAGGGCAUAUUUGGCCCAAAACAUGCCCCAAAUAAUUUGGGGCAUAUUUUAUUACCAGCUUUCUUGAUCUACACACUGAUUUUUUUGCUUAUGAUUCAACAAUAGUAAUAUUGUAGGGAGAAGGUUUGUGAACAUAAGUUUUCAGUUCUUCAGAUUAUCAAGUUGGUUAAAGUCUGGCCAUUGACUAGGCCGUUCUAGCACAUGAAUAUUUUUUACACUAAAGCUUUUCUUUGUAGGUUUGACGGAGUCACUGUCCUAUUGGAAGGUGAACAAUUGAGCAAAUCUGAAGUGGUUUUGCAGUCUGAUGGUUUUUCUUCUAGUUUUGUCUUUAAUUUAGCUCAAUUCACCUUCACAUCCACCUGCCUGUUGUUGCAGAAGAACAUAAAACCACAACAUGAUGCUGCCACUCCCAGUUUCACAGUGAAGAUGGUAUUUUCAGGGUGAUUUGCUGAGUUAGUUUUCUAUCACACACAGUUUUUGUUGAUCAAAAAGAGUAAAGUUUAACCUAAUCAGAGUAACUUCUUUGACUCUCCACAUGAGUUAUGACAAACUGUAAAAAUGAGUUGACUUUUAGCAGUACUUUCGUCUUGUCCAUAAAAGCCAGAUUUGCAACGGAUUCUCACAUCUUCACAAAGGAUCUCUGAUGUUCUUCCAACACAGACUUCUUGGCUGGAUUUCUGAUUAAUUCUUUCUUUUUCCAGGCUGUAGAUGUCUGGAAAAGGAAAGAAUGUCUUGAUAGGACUGAAGUUGUACUAUGCUCUUUUUACUUCCAGAUAUUGGAUUAAUCUUUGCUUUGUACAAUGUUAAAGCAUUGAUAUAUUGGUUAAUGACCCAAUCCUGCAUUAAGGUUUCCCAGAGCCUUAUUCCUGAAUUAUCUGUUGAGUUUCUUGGUAUUCUUGCUGUUUGGUCCUGGAUGUUUUCUAAAAAAGAUCAGGUUGCAGCACUUUUAAGAUGCACAUUGAAGUUGCAUGUGAAACGUUGAAAUCCUUUUCUACACUUCACAAUUUUGUGUUACUUUGUGUUGGUCUGUCGCAUAAAAUUCCAAUGAAAAUGAUUUGAGGUUGUAACGUUGGAAAAUGACACAAAAUUCAAGCUGUAUGAAUACUUUUAAAGGAAUAACAUUAUUCAUCACAACACAAAACUCAUUCUCAGGACGUGCACAAAGAACGCAAAUGGUAGCUGACGUAAGCAAAUUUGUUUUUAGAGUUCAGUUAAUCUUAUUUAUUAAAAAAUGCUAGCAAUUUAUUUUUAUGUUUUUUAAGCCAUGUUUUUUUGAAGUGAUACAAAAAAAUGGUGCAAACGUGAUUUGUAAAUUCUAAGGUGUAAUUAUAUUUUGUGCUCCAAAUAAAACAAGUAAAAGGAAAAAUGAACUGAAAUGA